UCCCACGCUACUUCCGGUUCGCCUCUGUGAGCAGUACAGCCUCAUGACAAACAUGUAGCAUACUGAAACAGUGUCAUGGUCUUCACCGUUAACUUGACAGCGCUGUGUGCAUUUCACUUGUCCAAAACACACUGUUAAAUAUGUGUUUUGGCAUGUUGCUGUGUCUAUUAAUGUUUAACUGCUGCUGGAAAGUUGCGAGAAAGCAGAUAACGUCAGUCGUGCAAGUUGCUUCGUCUCUGCACUAACCACGAUUAUUAACCAAUUCAAAGUUUUCAAGAUUUCGAGGUUGCAGUGGCAGAAUGGCCGCCCUGCGUGCAGCCAAGCAAGCUCUGAGGAAAGAGAUAAAGCGACGUGUUGCAGCGCUGAGUGACCAGGAGAAGCUCCGACAGUCUCACGUUGUUUCACAGAAGUUGUUCAAACACCCCAAGUAUGCAGGCUGUGAGCGGAUUGCAGUGUUUCUCAGCAUGCAUGAUGAGGUGCGCACCGAGGAAAUAAUACGGGACGUGUUCAAACAGGGAAAAACCUGCUUCAUCCCCAAAUACCAGACCAACAGCAGCCACAUGGACAUGCUGAAGCUGACCAGCCUGCAGGACAUGGAGAUGCUGCCCCUCACUUCGUGGAACAUCCGACAGCCUGCUGACGAUGACAACACCAGAGAGGAGGCACUGGCUACCGGAGGCCUGGACCUGAUCCUGAUGCCUGGCCUGGGUUUUGACCGUUCCGGGAAGCGUCUUGGACGAGGGAAGGGCUUCUACGACACUUACCUGGAGCGCUGCAUCAGACACCCGAGAGGGAAGCCCUACACCAUUGCCCUGGCCUUCAAAGAGCAGCUAUGUCCCGAAAUCCCUGUAGACGACAAUGAUGUGCUCAUAGAUGAAAUCCUGUACGAGGACCAGGAGUAGCCAGGCGAUCAUAAGUGUUGGUCUGUGAUGAGACUCUCAGUAUGUUUACAUGCCUGCUAAAAUGCGAGUAUUUCAUCUUGACAUACUCUGGUAAAGGUUUAAUUCAGAAGAAGCUAUUUACAUUGGGGCUUGAUGCGUUUUUAAGAUGCGAGAUGCAAAUAAUGAUAUUUUUGUAUUGAAGGUGUUAAUUGUUAAUAUAUUGUGCCAAUAUUAAUAUCUUUCAACUGUAUCAUUUCAAAGCUAAAGAAUCAGCUGCUCAGUGUCUCCACCAGAAUUUUAUUCUUGUCAAGGUAAAAAAGUUUCUGAAGUAACAUUUAGACCAUCUUGGAACUCAGAUGCUAAAAAACUCAGAUGCUAAAACCUGGACUAAUGAAAAUCUUUUACAUGGGAAAACCCACCCCACUCAUUUAAUGGUAGGAGUAACAUUACUGCCUUAACAUGAAUAAUUCAUUCACAAGUAACAUCACUGGACUAAUAAAGGAAUGAAUAAAAUGUGCAAAAAAAAUGAAA